AUGUCGUGGCUAAAGGGACUUAAUGGCGAGGCAGCUGAGCCAUAUUUCGAACCAGAAUCUACGCCAAAGGUCGAAGACCCCUCGAUUCCGAAGAGAAUGGUCUCGACAAAGCAGGCCAACAAGCCUUUCCUUGCGUAUAAAGAAUACCGAGAGCAUCAAACAGAGUUACACAAUGCCUGGCUGGAGCGCAAAAAACUACGCGAGGAGAAGAUUGCGCGAGGCGAAGACGGCGGGCGAGAAGAACCAGACCCUACCGCUGAAGUCGAAGUUGGCAUCCUAGGGCUUCUGAAAUUCUUGGUCUAUACAUUGAUCAUUAUCGCUCUGGCUGGUAAAUUCAUCACGGGAAGUUAUCUGUGGGAAUACGAGGGUAAAUGGGUCCAGCUGAAGACAUACUGGCCGACGACACAGCGCCUGUUUUCUGAGAGACUUCUAGCCGAGUUUGAUGGUUCGAAACCUGGUCGUCCUAUUUACCUUGCCAUUGACGGAGACGUCUACGACGUCACCGAGGGUAAGGCAUAUCAGCCUGGAGGGUCUUAUCAUCAUUUCGCUGGCGUGGACGGAGCUCGUGCGUUCGGUACCGGUUGUUUCCAAACGCAUCGCACGCAUGAUUUGCGUGGCCUUACAGAAAGCGAAUUAAGGGGCGUUCAGCAUUGGAAAGAGUUUUAUGCAAACCAUAAGGAUUACUUCAAGGUCGGCAGGGUGUCCCAUCCGCCGAUUGACCCUGCAAGUCCAAUUCCCGAGCAUUGCAAUCCAAAGAAGGCGGCCAGAGACAACGCCAACCCUAAGAAGGAUACCAAGGAACGGAAGAAGGACUCGAAGCCUAAGAAGAAAGAAGAUGAGAAAAGCCACGAAGAACUCUAGUUGUUUGGUGCUCUCAUAUCUGUGUAAUUUAAAUAAUGCUACUCGAUUCUAUAUUGUCCUGAAAUAUAUACACAUGGACAGUCCCGGAAUGAAAUUAGGC